AGCGAACGGCGGUGCGCUGUGUCCCUCAGCGGAUCACUGAUCAAUGGAAAGAGCCGAAGAUGUCGGCUCGGUCAUGUGAUCAGCUGUGUCCAAUCACAGCUGAUCACAUGGGACAUGUACACAGAUCAUCAGGGCACUGAUGAUCAGUGUGCCCUGAUGAUCUGUGUAGCCCCAGCAGUGCCACCUGUCAGUGUCAAUCAGUGCCAGCUGUCAGUGCCCAUCCAUGCCACCUGCCAGUGCCCAUCAAUGCCACAUUUCAGUGCCCAUCAGUGCCACAUCAAUGCCACAUAUCAGUGCCCAUCUGAGCUGCCUUUCAGUGUCACCCAUCAGUGCCAGUCAGUGCCACCUAUCAGUGCUGCCAAUCUGUGCCACCUAUCAGUGCCAGUAAGUGCCGCCUAUCAGUGCCCGUCAGUGCUGCCUAUCAGUGCCGCCUAACAGUG